CUCUCUCUCUGUCUCCCUCUCUCUCUUUCUUCUCCUCCUCCUCCUCCUCCUACAGUUUUUACAUUGAACCCGUUACAUACGCGCAGUUUGUGGAGCCUGAACUUUGAGGAGAGUUGUAUCGCUUUGGAGAACAAUGGGGGACAUCGAGGCUCCCGGCUCUCGGCCGCCGCACCAGAACGCCCUGCUCUCGGUUCUGCCGAGCAAAGAGUUCUGCUCCUCCAGGAAAGGAAUGCUGCUCAUUGGUGAAGUGGCUCUCUCCUUCAUUUCGUUCGUGUGUUUCGCGGCGUCCACGGCUGCGGCCUUCGUCACCGUCCCUCUGCUGGAGUUCCUGGCCGCGCUCUUCUUGUUGUUUGCUUACUCCACCAAAUUCAACGAAAGGUUCAAGGGCUUCCUCUGGCCUCUUAUGGAUUUCAUGAGAUGUGUGACCGCCUCCAUCAUCUUCUUCAUCGUCUCAAUAAUGGCAGUGUCCAAAUAUGUGGACGGGUCCUCGAAGGCUGCAGGGGUGUUUGGGUUCAUCGCCACCAUCGUGUUCGCUUUAGAUUUUUACCUCAUUUUUAAUGAGCUGGCUAAUUUCUUAAAGCAGGGAGGGGAGACCACCGAAGAGCCGUCAAGGCAGCAAGAUGAGUUUUCAGACUCUGACUCAGACUGAGACCUGGAGGGAUCUUCACCAGCGGAUACGUUUACUACUCACUUACAACAAGUAAACCUUUGCAGUAGAAAUGUCCUCUGCUGUGCUGACAUCUGUCUCGUCCCACCUCAACAUUAUUUGUGUGUGUGCAGUAGAAAUCACAUGGACACACUGACUUUGUCCUAAUUACUCUCAUCUGGGAUUCUCGGUUCAGUCCUCUCGGGUCAAACAUGUUUAAAGAGGAGAAACAGGAUCCUCUGCAGCUUGAAAAGGUUUCUUCUGCUGGGCAUCAAACACUUGUGUUUUUUUAAAUCUUAGAAUUCACUGCUCAGUGCAACUCAUUUUGAAAACAACAGUUAUUUUUCAUCCCCAAACUAAUUUUCAGAGUCUCCUUUGAUUUUGGUAAAAUAUAAAAGCUCUCGAUCGACCUGAUUCUUUAUCAUAAAGCUGUGAACUCGUUCGGUGUCAUAUACUGAAUUUUUAGAAGCUGUUUGUAUCCACGUGUGACAUCACUCAGUCUAGAUCUGAAUUUGUGACUGAUAUUGACUUUUGAGCCUGUAGUGUGACCUUAACAGAUCUUUAACACUAAAUGAAUGUCUUUAGUGAAUCAAUGUUUACGAAUGGCAUCUUAAAUAAGACAGGAGGCCUACACUCACUUGGCAGUUUAUUAGGUACACCUCACUAAAGUGCUUCUGUCGUUUUGUCCACUGUAUUCUCUGUUAUUCAAUACAGUUCAACAAUAUAUUAUGAUUUGGCGCUUUACAAAUACCAUUGAAUUGAAUUGAACAGCACAAAAAUGAUCACACAGUUCAAUCAACACUGUGGGAAACAGUUUAAAACAUAAAUAUAAUUACCGCCCUGUUGUUUAAUGCCAACCAGGGCAGUUUCUGUUUACAUACACGUUUUUUCCCAGACUCAUAUGAGGUCACCAUGACCUUUGACCUUUGACCACUGAGACAUGUGUGUUCACCAGAAUGUGACGGACGUCCAACCUGAAAACAUAAAGGCUCCACUUUGGAUUUAUUGCAGGUUGGUUGUAUCAGCGCGCAUGAGUUCUAGCUGGGUGUACCACAUAAACUGUCUGUAAGAAGGGUGUAAUCAGCUUUUAUAUAUCACUAUAAAGAAACUGUACAGUAUUUAGACAAACUAGUUGGCGGCAGGUUGGCUGGUUACAACCUCUGUCCAAUCCUUUUAAAUCUACAGGGGUAAUAAUGAAGCAUUGCGUUAGUUCAUGCAGGACACAGAGCCAUGUGCUCAUCAGCCACCCACCAAUCACAGCCCAUUCUCUCAGCAAAGCGGCCCCUUUAAAUACGGCAACUUGCCUCCACCACCCCAGCCGCCACCUUUUAGCACCGAGUCCGAACACGGUCGUGGUAAACGAUAUUCAUCUUAAACAAACGUACAUUGCCUGCUACGCCCAACAGGGGGUUCUGCACAUGUUCCCUGUUUUAUCUUAGCACGCUGCUCGGCUAAUCCACGGAACAUCCAAAGAAUGGAGCCUUCAGCGCCAAUCAACUGUUUCCCCAUUUGCAACAAAUGGGUAAAUCAUGACAAAGUGUUCCUGACUGAAAUGCCUCUAUUUGUUUAAAGUUGACUUUUGAAUUGACAGAGUUCCUGUGCUACAACCUUCUGCGGGUCAAUACAUUGCAACAGCAACAAUGAUGAAUUUUUCAAAUCUAUUCAGUGAACACAAAGUUGGAGAGCCUUUCCAGCCUGUCUGCUGUAUGUAUGUAUGUAUGUGUGUUUUAAUAAUGCAUUGGAGUCACUUAAUGCAGUAUUAUUUUCUUGAAUGCUAAAUAUCAAAUAUGUGAAUCGUUGUUUUUUUUUGCAGUUUCUGCUCAUUUGUCUGAUUCUUCAGUUCCUCCACUGCCACUACUGAGAAAUCAGAUGCACUAAAACGCCACAGUGACUGUUUAUGUACAACACAUCUGCACUAUACAAGUGUUAUAAAACAGAAGUGAGAGUAGUUGAUUUAAAAUUGGCGUCAGUGGCCUCUGAUUUCCAUGUGGGAUUUAAACUGACGU